AUGGUAGAGGAAAACUGCACCAUGCUGACAGAGUUCAUUCUCGUGGGAUUAUCAGACAUCCCUGAGCUGAGAGUCUUCCUCCUUUUGUUUUUCCUUCUAAUCUAUGGAAUCACAGUUGUGGGCAACCUGGGCAUGAUUGCAUUGAUUCAAGCCAGUGCUCAGCUACACACCCCAAUGUACUUUUUCCUCAGCCACCUGUCCUUCGUGGAUUUCUGUUACUCUACCAUCAUUGUGCCAAAAAUGUUGGACAAUAUCAUAAGCAAAACUAAAACCAUUUCCUUUGUGGAAUGUAUGGUACAAUUCUAUUUGUUUUGCUUUGUUGCAAUAACUGAAGUCAUCCUACUGGCUGUGAUGGCCUAUGACCGCUUCGUGGCCAUCUGCAACCCACUCCUCUACAUGGUCACCAUGUCCCAGAAACUCUGUGUGGAGCUGCUGUGUGGCUGCUACAUGUGGGGAACUGUGUGUUCUCUGAUCCACAUGUGCUUAGCUCUUGAGAUCCCAGCCUAUCACUCAAACGUGAUUAACCAUUUCUUCUGUGAUAUACCCCCUCUUUUAUCUCUUGCCUGCUCUGAUGUCUCCAUGAAUGAACUGCUGUUGUUCAUUGUGGCCUCUUUCAAUGAGAUCAGCACCAUUGUGGUCAUCCUCACCUCCUACUUGUUUAUUCUCAUCACCAUCCUGAGGAUGCGCUCUGCAGAGGGAAGGCGCAAAGCCUUUUCCACCUGUGCAUCCCACCUCACAGCCAUCGUAGUCUUCCACGGAACCAUCCUUUUCAUUUAUUGCAGGCCCAGCUCUGGCACCAGUCCAGACACAGACAAGGUAGCCACGGUGUUCUACACGGUAGUGAUUCCUAUGCUGAACCCUCUGAUCUAUAGCCUGAGGAACAAGGAUGUGAAAGAAGCGGUCAGGAAAAUGGUGGGUCCCAAGAUAUUUUCCUAA